CAUUGGCUUUAGAAGAAAAGCCUUCCCCCACCCCAGCUGAGUUAAAAGGGAAAGGCCAGAGGUGAUUUUUAUUUCCUGGAGCAGGUUGCACGCAGUGACCAUGGCAUCAGAAAAGCCGAUACUUUAUGGCUAUUUCCGAAGUUCCUGUUCAUGGAGAGUGAGAAUUGCACUGGCUCUGAAAGGGAUUGCCUAUGACCAGGUGCCAGUGAACCUCCUGAAGGAUGGGGGGCAGCAGCUUUCUCCUGAAUUUAAAGCAGUGAAUCCAAUGCAGCAAGUCCCAGCCUUGAAAAUUGAUGGCAUCACCCUUUCUCAGUCGCUAGCUAUAAUUCAUUAUUUAGAAGACACUCGUCCUAACCCCAGACUCCUGCCCCAAGAUCCAAAGAAGAGAGCCCAAGUCAGAAUGAUCUCGGAUCACAUUGCCUCUGGCAUUCAGCCACUCCAGAACUUGAGAAUCCUGAAACAAAUGGGGGAGAGAAAAACAGAAUGGGCUCAGAAGUGCAUCGCGUCUGGCUUCCAAGCACUGGAACAGGUUCUGCAGCAGACUUCUGGACGCUACUGUGUGGGAGAUGAGGUUUCCAUGGCUGAUCUGUGCUUGGUGCCUCAAGUUGCCAAUGCUGAAAGAUUCAAUGUGGAUCUGGGUCCAUUUCCCACAAUAACUAGAAUAAACAAAGCCCUCCUGGAGUUAGAGGCAUUCAAAGUAAGCCACCCAUCCCGGCAACCAGACACUCCUGCAGAGUUGCGAGCGUGAAGCCCUUCUACCCAUUAAAUCAAGUAAGCUGGAAUGGCAAAGGGAACAACAGCCACAGCUCACGUAGGACUUGGUGCCAGCCAGAAGCCCUGUACUAAUGUCCCACUGUCACUUUGAUGGGAAGAAGGACAGAGGGAAAGCGUUACUGCUGCAGAAGUAAUCUCGAGGAAUUACAGAAGCUGUGCCUGCACUGGAAAGCUUGCAGCUACUUCUGAAUAUGUUUUUUUAACUUCUGUACAACCAUGAAACAGAUUAAAGCAGAAACAUCAGAAUGUAAUUAUCAGAAACCCUCUUUGUAUAGCUUUGUACUGUGGUAUGUAGCCAUAGACAUUUAUGGGGCAUUAAACCAAUUCCAGACUCCA